AUGGCCGUAGUUGCUUCUGCCCCGGGAAAGGUUUUGAUGACUGGGGGUUACUUAGUUUUGGAGAGGCCGAAUGCCGGAAUCGUCCUCAGCACGAACGCCCGGUUUUAUGCAGUUGUGAAGCCACUUUACGGCGAAAUUAAACCCGAAAGUUGGGCAUGGGCUUGGACAGAUGUCAAACUUACUUCCCCUCAGAUGUCCAGAGAAACCUUGUAUAAGUUGUCACUCAAACAUUUGACACUUCAGCCUACAUCAUCAAGUGACUCAGGAAACCCUUUUGUAGAACAUGCAGUUCAAUAUGCUGUGGCAGCAGCUCUUGCUAAAUUUGAUAAAAACAAGAUACACAAACUACUUUUGCAAGGUCUAGAUAUCACAAUUUUGGGGUGCAAUGAGUUUUAUUCGUAUAGGAACCAGAUUGAGAUGCGUGGAUUGCCUUUGACGCCAGAUUCUUUGGCUUCACUUCCACCUUUUAGUUCUAUCACCUUCAAUGCUGAAGAAUCUAGUGGGCAAAGGCCUGAAGUUGCAAAAACUGGAUUGGGAUCAUCUGCAGCUAUGACAACUGCAGUGGUUGCUGCUUUAUUGCAUUACCUUGGAGCUGUUGAUCUUUCCUCCGAAGAGAAAGACACUGCAAAACUGGACAUUGUUCACAUGAUAGCUCAGACAGCUCAUUGCAUUGCACAGGGCAAAGUUGGUAGUGGUUUUGAUGUAAGUUCUGCUGUUUAUGGCAGUCAGCGCUAUGUCCGCUUUUCACCAGAUGUGCUUUCUUCUGCUCAGGGUGCGGGUAGAGGAGUUCCAUUGGAAGUAGUGAUAGCUGAUGUCCUAAAAGCUAAUUGGGACCAUGAGAGAACUAAGUUUUCUUUGCCUCCUUCAAUGACUCUUUUACUUGGAGAGCCAGGAACUGGAGGGUCAUCAACACCAUCAAUGGUAGGUGCUGUAAAGAAGUGGCAGAAAUCUGAUCCUCAAAAAUCUCUUGAAACAUGGAAGAAGUUGUCAGAAGCAAAUUCUACACUGGAGUUACAUCUCAAUACGUUAAGUGAGUUAGCAAAAUUACAUGGCGAUUCUUACAGAAGCGUCAUCAACAAGUGCAGUAUGCUAACCGCAGAAAAGUGGGCUGGAGGCGAAGAUAAUUCAAGCCAAGCAGUUGUUAGUGCUUUAUUAGGAGCCAGAGAUGCCAUGCUUGGUAUCAGAUAUCAUAUGCGAAAGAUGGGAGAGGCAGCUGGAAUUCCGAUAGAACCUGAAUCACAAACUCAGCUUCUAGAUACUACAAUGAAUUUGGAAGGAGUUCUGUUAGCCGGUGUUCCUGGUGCAGGCGGAUUUGAUGCCGUGUUUGCUGUUACCCUUGGAGCUUCAAGUGACAAUGUCAUCAAGGUUUGGAGUUCACUCAAUGUCCUCGCUUUGCUGGUGAGAGAAGAUCCUAAUGGUGUAUCUCUUGAGAGUAACGAUCCACGAGCAAAAGAAAUCAUGUCUGCUGUUGCUUCAGUUAAGAUUGAAUAG